CUCUAUGCCAAAAAUGUCGGAGAGUGCGUAAUUGUCUUGAAAUAAGUUGCCAUAUAAAACAAAUGACUGACUAACAUGGCGUUUAAAAGUUGAAUUUUUAAGUGAUACAUCUCUUUAUGUCAAAACUCGAUCGAAUGAAUUAUUAUUCAGAGAAAGAGAAUAGUACCUCUGCUUCUGCAUAACGAGUUAGAACUAUCUCAGACCCCGUUUUUCGAUACCAGCCACGAUGAGUGUUGACGCGUAUGGACCCAGUUCACAAACACUCACUUUUUUAGAUACUGAAGAUGCUGAUUUGAUAGGUGCUGAUACCCAAGGUUCAGAAUGUGAAUUUACAGAUUUCACAAUUCCAUCUCAAACACAGGCAUCUCAGAUUGAACACACGACGAAGACACCUAAAAUUGCUGGAUUACAGGUGAAUAACGAUAUUGGAAUUAAGAUAGCUAGCGCAGCGAAUGCGUUAGGAGAACUUCAAUUUGAAGAGGAGGAUGAAGAAUAUUUUAAUAGUAAGGAGUUGCCAGACUAUGCUUGCAAGUAUUGUGGUAUACAUGAACCUAAUUGUGUUGUUAUGUGCAAUUGUUGUAAAAAGUGGUUUUGCAACGGGCGCGGAAAUACCUCUGGAAGUCACAUAAUCAAUCAUUUGGUGAGGGCUAAACAUAAGGAAGUUACUCUACACAAGGAUGGUCCAUUGGGGGAAACAAUACUAGAAUGCUAUAGCUGUGGAGUACGAAAUGUGUUUGUUUUGGGCUUCAUCCCUGCAAAAGCUGAUUCUGUUGUUGUUUUAUUGUGUAGACAACCGUGUGCUGCACAAAAUUCGUUGAAAGAUAUGAAUUGGGAUCAAGAGCAGUGGAAACCUCUGAUUGCUGAUAGAUGUUUCCUAACUUGGCUUGUUAAGGUUCCAUCAGAACAGGAACAACUUAGGGCUCGUCAGAUCACAGCCCAACAAAUAAAUAAACUAGAGGAGUUAUGGAAGGAUAAUGUUGAUGCAACUUUCCAAGAUCUAGAGAAACCAGGAGUUGAUGAAGAGCCACAACAGGUCUUAUUGCGUUACGAAGACGGUUAUCAAUACCAAAAUAUAUUUGGUCCGUUAGUAAAGCUUGAAGCUGACUAUGACAAGCGUCUUAAAGAAUCGCAGACCCAAGAAAACAUUGAAGUAAGGUGGGACAUUGGUCUUAAUAAAAAGACUAUCGCCUAUUUCACCUUAGCUAAGACAGAUGGGGAUAUGAAGUUAAUGCAUGGUGACGAAUUGAGACUGAGGUAUGUUGGGGAGAUGCAUAAGCCCUGGGCUGGGGUAGGUCAUGUCAUCAAGGUUCCUGACAAUUACGGGGAAGAUAUAGGAAUUGAGCUUAAGAACAGUAGCGGCGUUCCUUCUGAUUGCAACAGCAACUUUGUGGUAGAUUUCAUAUGGAAAAGCACCAGUUUUGACAGGAUGCAGCUAGCCUUACGUAAAUUUGCUGUGGACGAUUCAUCAGUAUCUGCUUACAUAUACCAUAGGUUGCUUGGUCACGAUGUCGAAGAUGUCUUGUUCCGUUGUCACUUACCUAAGCAUUUUUCUGCACCAAAUCUUCCUGAUCUGAAUCGCUCUCAAGUCUAUGCUGUGAAACACGCAUUGCAGCGCCCCUUGUCUCUGAUACAAGGUCCUCCAGGUACUGGAAAGACCGUCACUUCUGCAACCAUUGUCUACCAGUUGGUAAAGCAGAACGGAGGACCAGUGUUGGUCUGUGCACCCAGUAACACAGCUGUUGAUCAACUCACCGAAAAGAUACAUAAGACGAAUUUGAAGGUUGUCAGACUGUGCGCAAAAUCCAGAGAGGCUAUCGAUUCCCCUGUCAGCUUCCUUGCUCUGCACAAUCAGAUCAGAAAAAUGGAGGGUAACACGGAACAGCAGAAAUUGCAACAACUGAAAGACGAGACCGGCGAGUUGAGUUCGGUCGACGAGAAACGAUACAGGAUGUUAAAGAAACUGGCGGAGAAGGAACUCCUGGAAGCUGCCGACGUCAUAUGCUGCACAUGCGUGGGCGCUGGUGAUCCCAGACUCACCAGAUUGAAGUUUCAUUCGAUUCUGAUAGACGAGAGCAUGCAGGCUACCGAGCCAGAAUGUAUGGUACCUGUUGUGCUGGGAGUGAAGCAACUGAUUUUGGUUGGUGAUCAUUGCCAACUGGGACCUGUGGUGAUGUGUAAAAAGGCAGCUAGAGCGGGUCUUUCGCAAAGUUUAUUCGAGCGACUUGUUGUGUUAGGAAUAAGGCCUUUCCGUCUGGAGGUGCAGUACAGGAUGCAUCCAGAAUUGUCAAGGUUUCCAUCUAAUUUCUUCUACGAAGGCAGUUUGCAAAAUGGAGUGUGCGCUAAUGAGAGAAAGUUGAAAAUUGAAUUCCCCUGGCCGAUUGCUGAGAGACCCAUGUUUUUUCAUGUCACUCAAGGGCAAGAAGAGAUAGCUGGUUCAGGUACCAGUUACCUAAAUAGGACCGAAGCUUCGAAUGUUGAAAAAAUUGCCACCAAGUUUUUGAAGGCAGGAGUUAAGCCUGAGCAAAUUGGUAUCAUCACGCCUUAUGAAGGCCAGAGAGCGUAUUUAGUGCAAUACAUGCAAUAUCAGGGCUCAUUGCACAGUAAAUUGUAUCAGGAAAUAGAAAUAGCCAGUGUGGACGCUUUCCAAGGCCGUGAAAAGGACAUAAUAAUUAUGUCUUGCGUGAGAUCCAAUGAGCACCAAGGAAUCGGUUUCCUUAAUGACCCUCGCCGACUCAACGUAGCCCUCACCAGGGCCAAAUACGGAAUCAUCAUAGUGGGAAACCCCAAGGUACUCUCGAAACAACCGUUGUGGAACCAUCUUCUGUCCUUCUUCAAGGAACAGAAGGUUUUAGUAGAGGGUCCCUUGACCAACCUGAAGGAGUCGCUGAUACAGUUCUCGAAGCCCAAGAAGCUAGUCAAUUCCGAAAAUCCAGGAUCCCAUUUCAUGACCACCUCUGUGUUCGAUGCAAGAGAAGCCAUCAUACCCGGAUCGGUCUACGAUAGAACGAACACCGCCAUCAACGGGCAAUACAACUAUCCCAGGGGCGCAGUACCCUUGGAUAUGUUCAGCAGAACACACGAUCCCAUCAGUUAUAUCAGCCAAGAUCGCAGCCAGACCAAUAUGAAUCUUCCGGUGCCCGUUGGUAUGUUUAUGAACAUGGCACACAUUCCACCUAGGUUCUACAACCAACACCAGCAGGCCUUGCAAGCAAGGCAACAGCAGAAUCCUAGAAAUCGCAAGCCUCCCCAGAGACAGAAGGGAGGGAAAACGUUGAGUCAAGACCAGACGACUCAACCCUUCAGCCAGAGCUUGCAGCUGACCCAAGGCAUGUCGCAACCUGGACUAUCCCAGCCUGGCUUCAGCCUCUCACAGCCAGGUCUGAGCCAGGCGGAACUCAGUCAAGAUCCUUACAUGAUUGAAUAUCAGAGCCAAAUGGAUGGACUGUUAUCUCAAGAUUCUACCUAUCAGGGGGAUAGGUCUUUUUACCAGCCAAACGCUCAGUUUUCCCAACCCUACUGAUCAAGUAAAAAAAAGAGGUGUACUACCAUGAUCGCGGAAGCGGUUCCUUGAAAAUUAGCAAGUGAAUGGUCUGAUUGUCAAAUUGUCAGUAAAGCAUCUUACGAACAUAUGACGUGGAUCAAAAGGGAGAACAGAGAGAUUCUCGCUUCCAACGAUCACGAAAAAAACCGCUCGUGGACUGCAAGAUGAAUUUUUAGAAACACCAAUUAACAAAACAAAAGUAAUAAAACAUGAAACGAGAAGAGGUUUUGGCCAUCCCAGGAUGGUCCUCUAGCCUUUCCUAUUAAUUAACUCGCCGCCAUUUUGCUUUCGAUAUUUUCAUUUCACCUUAUUCUUAUGGAUGAUCUAUUAUUUCUUCUGCAUUAUUUAUAUUUGGUUACUGAUGAUAUCUUUGAUAAUUAUGUCAUUAUGUUUAGAAGAUAUUCUGAGAGGAAAUUGAGUAUGCAAAUUUGAAACAGAUAAAAUUAUUGGUCUCACUGGAUCAAAUAAUAUAUUGUUAUGUGUAGGUAUACUGCGUCUUUUUUUCAUUUAAUUUUUUUUUUCUUUAUUUUGGUUCAAGUAUGAAAAAGGGAAAUUUUUCUAAUGAUAUGAAUAAACAUUUAUUCUUCUGCUUAUGAUGGAAUCGAA